AUUCAAAAAGGAUGUGUUACCCUGCUGGCGCCGAUUCUGAAACUGCCGCCAGACGAACGCUGCUCCCAAAAAUAGCUGUUCGCUAUGUCCGAUUUCGAUCAAGAAUGUGUUGUGGUUUCAUGGGUAUUUCGCUGAUUGGUUAUGGGUCCCUAUACCGCAAACAGCCCUCCUGGCCAAAACACAUACUGAUAUCAAAGGGAGCAGCAGCAAAUGAUAUGCGCAGAAAGAAAAUAAGCAAGCGCUGCACACACCGCACAAUCACGCGUGUGUGAUGCGCAAUAGUCUGCAUGUUUUCAUAUAUCAUGCAGAUCCCGCAGCGUCAUCUACCGAAUCGAAACUAUUGCAGGCAGUGCUGUGUACACACAAGGGUAUACAAGGGUUUGAAACUUUUUCAGGACUGAUUUUUUAUCCGGAUUAGGGACAGCUCACAGAGUUCCUGAUAUGAAUCAAUCGUUUGAAAUACGUACCGAUUUG